AUGGGUGAUAGCAGCUCGGCAGCAGGAUUGGAUCCUCGGAUCUACAACAAGUUAUACUUGAACGGCCAGUACGUCGAUGCCCAGAGCACGGAAACUUACAGCCUCAAAAACCCCAAGGACAACACCGUGGUGGCCGACAAGAUCCCGAUCGCGGGACCAGCAGACGUCGAGGCAGCCGUCAAGUACGCCGAGGAGGCAUUCCACGGGCCAUGGAGUCAAUUCACAGCCAUCCAGCGCACCGAAUGCAUGCUCAAACUGGCGUCCUUGUUGGAUGAAGAGCUGAUUCCCAUUCUGACCCUGGACUCGCUGACAUCAGGCAUCCCCGUCUCUCUGGCCCCUGUGCGGGAGCGAAAUUAUAUCCGAAAUUGUGUGCUGUACUAUGCAGGCUGGACGGACAAGCAGAAGGGCGAUUACUUUCCCCCUGACGAUGGUUUUGUGAAAUUGGUUCGACAUGAGCCACUGGGGGUUUGUGCGGCCAUCAACCCGUUCAAUGCGCCUGUGGCGUGUUUUUUCCUCAAGGCAGCACCGGCACUGGCCACGGGCAACGUUUUGAUCGUCAAACCCAGUGAGAAGACACCGCUAGGAUCGCUGGCGGUGGCGGCCCUCUUCGAGAAAGCCGGUUUCCCACCCGGAGUCAUCCAAGUGAUCACUGGACCCGGAUCGACGGGCGCGCUCCUGGCCGAGCAUAUGAAGAUCCGCAAAGUCAGCUUCACGGGGUCCGUGGCGACGGGCAAGAAGAUCCAAACGGCGGCGGCCAUGAGCAACCUGAAACGCGUGACGCUCGAGCUGGGUGGCAAGAGUCCCGCGGUGAUUUUCGACGACGCCAACCUCGACAACGCGCUCACCUGGACCAUCAACGCCAUCCUCACCCGCAGCGGGCAGCUCUGUGUGGCGGCAUCGCGCGUCUACGUGCAGCGGAGCAUCGCGGAUCGAUUCAUUGAAGAGUACAAAACCCGGAUGAAGGCCGCAGCCCAAGAUAUGGGAGAUCCGCAAGACCCCACCGUCAAACUGGGACCCAUGGUCGACCAGGCACAGCUCGAGCGCGUCAAGCAGAUGGUCGACCGUGGACGAGCCGAGGCCGAGCUGGUGGUGGGUGGUAACCAGUACGGCGAGACCGGGUGCUUUAUGGAACCCACCGUGUUCCUGAACCCUCGCGACGACGCCGAGAUCUACCGCAACGAAAUCUUCGGUCCCGUCAGUAUCAUCAAGACCUUCGAAACCGAAGAAGAGGUGUUGAAAUUGGCCAACGACACCGAGUUUGGUUUGAUGUCCGGCGUCUUCACAAAGGACAUUACAAGAGCCCUGCGCGUGUCUGCUGCUCUGGAGUCCGGUGUCGUCGGCGUCAACUGUGUCAGCUUGCAGAAUAUGCAGGCGCCUUUUGGCGGCAAAAAGCAGAGCGGAGUCGGUCGUGAGUUUGGCGAGUAUGCCUUGAGGUUAUUUACUGAGCCCAAGACGGUUCUGAUUAACAUGGCUGCUUAG